AUGCCAUUCAUCCAGAACGAGUCUGAUUCGCCCAGCAAGUCUGAAAAGACCGUGGCCUUUGAACAACUCGUCGAGGACCUCAGUGCUGCUCUCGGGCCCAGUUCUGGCCUUGACUCUGAUGAUGUUGACCCCAUGAACAUCCAGCUGUUGAUGGAGCGAUACGUCUCGGAUGAGGGAGAAUGGGGACCAUAUGCUCUGGGAGAUUCCAGUCGGGGUUAUACGAGAAAUCUAAUCGACGAGGGAAAUGGCAAGAGCAACCUGCUCAUCCUCGUCUGGAGCCCUGGGAAGAGUAGUGCGAUUCAUGACCAUGCAAAUGCACAUUGUGUGAUGAAGAUACUCAAGGGAAAGCUCAAGGAGACGCUCUAUUCCUGGCCAGAUAAGAAGAAGAUUGAGCAAGGAGAGACUUCUCCCCCACAACUCACCCGGGAGACUGUCUACGAAGAGAACCAGGUGACUUACAUGUCUGACAAACUCGGUCUUCAUAGAAUUUCCAACCCUCACCCAGAUGACUUUGCUAUUUCACUACAUCUUUACACACCCCCUAAUGCUGCCAACUACGGAUUCUCACUCUUUGACGAGAAGACUGGCAAGUCAGUUCACAUCAAGCAAACCAACUUUUAUUCCGUCCGCGGUAAACGACUCAAUGAUGGGCAGGUGUAA